CACACAUACACACACAAACACAAACGGAGCGAACGUGAACUUCAAGCUGAUUGGUAGCACUUUUCUGCCGCUGUUAGUUAACAGAACAGCUUCAUAGACUACCAAUCCCCCGUCUUCGCAGACAGUUAACAGCUGUGAGAACGCGCGUUAUUUGUCCUCCCACACGAGCUUAUCUACUAGACAGUCACACACACAUACAUACACACAUAUCUCAAUAUGGAUAGGGAGAGCCUGCCGCGCGUACCUGACACACACGGCGAUGUUGUCGAUGAGAAAUUAUUCUCGGAUCUUUACAUACGCACCAGCUGGGUAGACGCUCAAGUGGCGCUCGAUCAAAUUGAUAAGGGCAAGGCGCGUGGCAACCGCACGGCGAUCUAUCUGCGUUCAGUAUUCCAAUCCCACCUCGAAACGCUCGGCAGCUCGGUGCAGAAGCAUGCGGGCAAGGUGCUCUUUGUCGCCAUCCUGGUGUUGAGCACAUUCUGUGUGGGCCUCAAGAGCGCCCAGAUACACUCGAAGGUGCACCAGCUCUGGAUACAGGAGGGCGGCCGACUCGAAUCGGAGCUGGCCUACACGCAGAAGACGAUCGGCGAGGACGAGUCGUCGACGCAUCAGCUAAUCAUACAGACGGCCCACGAUCCGAACGCAUCGGUGCUGCAUCCCCAGGCGCUGCUCUCACAUCUCGAGGUGCUUGUCAAGGCGACCGCGGUCAAGGUGCACAUGUACGAAACGGAAUGGCGCCUGCGCGACAUGUGCAACUCGCCGACAACGCCCAGCUUCGAGGGCCACUACUACAUUGAGCAGAUACUAAAGCAUUUGAUACCCUGUUCCAUUAUAACGCCACUCGAUUGCUUCUGGGAGGGCAGCCAGCUGCUAGGACCCGAAGCACCUGUCUAUAUACCUGGCCUCGACCAGCGACUGAUGUGGAGCACUCUGAAUCCCUCGGCUGUGAUGCAGUUCAUGAAGCAGCAAAUGUCCGAUCAUAAGAUUAGCUUCGACUUCGAUAUCGAAACCGUGGAGCAGUAUAUGAAGCGUGCGGCCAUUGGCAGCGGCUACAUGGAGAAGCCCUGUCUGAAUCCAUUGCAUCCACAGUGCCCGGACACGGCGCCCAACAAGAACAGCCAGCAGCCGCCGGACGUGGGUGCCAUACUCUCGGGCGGCUGCUAUGGCUUUGCGGCCAAGCACAUGCACUGGCCGGAGCAGCUGAUCGUGGGCGGGGCACAGCGCAAUCGCAGCGGCCACCUGAAGAAGGCCAAGGCACUGCAGACGGUGGUGCAGCUGAUGACGGAGAAGGAGAUGUACGACCAGUGGAAGAACCACUACAAAGUCCACCACAUUGGCUGGACACAGGAGAAGGCCGCCGAGGUGCUCAAUGCCUGGCAGCGGAACUUCUCCCGCGAGGUGGACCAGCUGCUGCGCCAGCAGUCCCGCAUUGCGGCCAACUACGACAUCUACGUGUUCAGCUCGGCCACCCUGGACGACAUCCUGGCCAAGUUCUCGCAUCCCAGCGCCGUGAGCAUUGUCAUCGGCGUUGCUGCCACGGUGCUCUAUGCUUUCUGCACGCUGCUGCGCUGGCGCGAUCCGGUGCGCGGCCAGAGCAGCGUGGGCGUGGCUGGCGUCCUGCUCAUGUGCUUCAGCACGGCGGCCGGGCUGGGCCUGUGCGCGUUGCUGGGCAUUGUGUUCAAUGCGGCGAGCACACAGGUGGUGCCGUUCCUGGCGCUGGGUCUCGGCGUGGAUCAUAUCUUCAUGCUGACGGCGGCCUACGCGGAGAGCAAUCGCAAGGAGCAGACCAAGCUCAUACUGAAGAAGGUGGGACCCAGCAUACUGUUCAGCGCCUGCAGCACCGCUGGCUCCUUCUUUGCGGCCGUCUUCAUUCCGGUGCCCGCCUUGAAGGUCUUUUGCCUGCAGGCGGCCAUUGUGAUGUGCUUCAAUUUGGCAGCGGCUCUGCUCGUCUUUCCGGCCAUGAUAUCUUUGGACUUGCGCCGGCGCACCGCGGGCCGUGCGGACAUCUUUUGCUGCUGCUUUCCCGUUUGGAAGGAGCCGCCCAAGUCGCCGGCGUUGGCCAUGAACAACAACAACAAUAUGCGCGGCGGACGUCAUCCGAAGAACUGCAACAACAAUCGAACGGGUCAGCAGCAGCAGCAGCAACAGCAGCAGCAGCAGCCGCAGCAGCAGCUCGCUCAAAAUCCUUUGCUGGAGUCGCGCGCUGCCUCAGCUGGCGGCGUGGCCAGCUCGCUGCCCAGCUUCUCCCUCGCCAGCUUUGCCUACAAGUAUUAUACGCCCUUCCUCAUGCGCAGCUGGGUCAAGUUCCUGGCCGUGAUGGGCUUCCUGUGCGCCGUCAUCUUUAGCCUGUACGAGGCGACGGCGCUGCAGGAUGGCCUGGACAUCAUUGACCUGGUGCCCAAGCACAGCAACGAGCACAAGUUUCUGGAUGCCCAAACGCGUCUCUUUGGCUUCUACAGCAUGUACGCCGUGACCCAGGGCAACUUUGAGUAUCCGACGCAGCAGAAGCUGCUCUGCGACUACCACGAAGCGUUCGUCCGCGUGCCGCAUGUGAUCAAGAACGACAAUGGCGGCCUGCCGGACUUCUGGCUGCUGCUGUUCCGCGACUGGCUGCGCAAUCUGCAGCGCAUAUUCGACGAGGAGGUCCGCGACGGACGACUCAACAAGGAGAAAUGGCAUCAGAACGCCAGCAGCGAUGCGAUCCUCGCCUACAAGCUGAUCGUGCAGACGGGCUACGUGGACAAUCCGGUGGACAAGAGUCUCGUGGAGACGAAUCGUCUGGUGGACAGAGAUGGCAUCAUCAAUCCCAAGGCCUUCUACAACUACCUGUCCGCGUGGGCCACCAACGACGUCUUCGCCUACGGCGCCUCACAGGGCAAACUGUAUCCGGAACCGCGCCAGUAUUAUCAUGCACCCAACGAAUACGAUCUGAAGAUACCCAAGAGCCUGCCCCUGGUCUACGCCCAGAUGCCCUUCUACUUGCACGGCCUGACGGACACCUCCGAGAUCAAGACACUGAUUGGUCACAUACGCGAUCUGAGCGUCAAGUUCGAGGGCUACGGCUUGCCCAACUAUCCGUCAGGCAUUCCCUUCAUCUUCUGGGAACAGUACAUGACGCUGCGUUCCUCGCUGGCUCUGAUCCUGGCCUGCGCUCUGCUGGCUGCCUUGGUCCUGGUGUCGCUGCUGCUGCUUUCCGUUUCGGCUGCCGUUCUGGUCAUCGUCACGGUGCUGGCCUCACUGGCCCAGAUCUUUGGCGCCAUGACGCUGCUGGGCAUCAAGCUGUCGGCCAUACCCGCCGUGAUCCUCAUCCUGGGCGUGGGCAUGAUACUUUGCUUCAACGUUCACAUUUCACUGGGCUUCAUGACGUCGUUGGGCAAUCGUCAGCGGCGCGUGCAUCUGGCCAUGCAGCUGUCGCUGGGUCCAUUGGUCCAUGGCAUUCUCACCUCCGGCAUGGCCGUGUUUAUGCUCUCGACCUCCCCGUUUGAGUUCGUCAUUCGGCACUUUUGCUGGCUGCUGCUGGUCGUGCUGUGCGUGGGCGCCUGCAAUAGCCUGGUCGUGUUCCCGAUACUGCUGAGCAUGCUGGGGCCGGAGGCGGAGCUGGUGCCACUGGAGCAUCCGGAUCGCAUAUCGACGCCGUCGCCGGUGCCCAUGCGCAGCAGCAAGCGCUCCAACAAAUCGUACAUUGUGAAUGGCUCGCGUGGCUCGUCGCGCAGCUCCGGCUCCAACAACUGCCACAAGGCGCAUCACUAUCACAAGGAUGUCAACAUCAAUGAUCCGUCGCUGACGACCAUCACGGAGGAGCCGCAGUCGUGGAAGUCCAGCAAUUCGUCUAUACAAAUGCACAACGAUUGGAGCGCUCCGCCCACGCCCACGCCCACGCACAACCACAAGCAUAAUCAUAAUUAUAAUCACAAUCAUCUGAACAAUCAUUAUAUGAACAACAUUAACUAUCAGCAGCGCGAACGCGAACGCGAACCGGCGCAUGCCUCCAGCUAUGCGGGGCAGCCGCCGCCAUCGUAUCACAAGCUCUCGCAGCCAGUACUGGGCGGCUAUGCGCCGCCGGAGCUGCAGAGCAUUGUGGUGCAGCCGGAGGUGACCGUCGAGACGACGCAUUCCGACAGCAACACCACCAAGGUGACAGCCACGGCGAACAUCAAAGUGGAGCUGGUCACGCCCGGACGAGCGGUGCGCAGCUACAACUUUACGAGUUAG